CGACGUGGCCCCAUCUACCUCAUACACAUAUCGCAGUUUCAUGAAGUCAAGACGGCUUAUACCUGAAACUGUCACAUUGAAUGAUGGUAGUAAGGCUCAUUGGAUCGGAUCUAGUAAGAGCGAUAUUAUUAUUUUGUUUUUCCAUGGUGGGGGCUAUGUUUUUCCGGCGCUCAACGGGCAUUUCGUACUACUGAAGUGCUUGCUUGACAAUAUACACCAAAAAACACAUAAAUCAGUUGCGACUUUAGUGCUUCAAUAUGGUAAAUAUCCAGAUAAUCCUCAUUCCACCGAACUUUCUGACUGUAUUUCCACAAGAUCUGGCACCACAAGCACAAUACCCCGUCCACUAAACCAGGCGGUUGCACUGUUGGAAUAUGUUACCAGUGAUUUGGCGAUCGAUCCAUCAAGAAUUGUCCUAGCAGGAGAAUCGGCAGAGGGUAGCAUAGCUUUAGGCCUGGCACUUCAUCUGAACCGUCCCCACCCAUCACUCCCAAAGCUAGAGCUGAAAUCUCCAAUCAUGGGUCUAGCCCUCAUCUCCCCCUGGGUCUCUACGAAGGCAUCAUCCUGGACUAGGAACAGGAAAAAAGACGUGCUUUCCGUUGAGAUGUGCAAGAUAUGGUCGGAGGCCUACAUGGGAACGUCCACAUCAAGUUCAUUCUCUGAACCAUUGACUGCCCCCGGGGGGUGGUGGAAAGACCUAUCCAUUCCUAAGAUCUUGCUGACAGAUGGUAGUAACGAGGUUUUCAUUGGUGAAAUAGAGCAAAUGGGGGCUAUUCUGGACGACGAGUUCUUGGGAAAAGUCACCACCAUCAUCAUUGAAGGAAUGUCGCACGGCGAAUCUAUAUUCUCUAAGAUGCUAGGAAAUGAAGGGCCCACCAGGGAAGCAGAUGCAUUCGUGGAAUGGAUUUGCAAGAUGACAGAGACUUGA